AUGUCGUCUAAUCAAUUAUCACAGAAUGUGGCCCUUCCAAAGGACCUGAUGGAGGUCCAAUUGGGCCAAGUCGACCUUCUGGUAGCCAUGUACUCAUCAGAUGAGGCCAUCUCUUUGGACUCUACGUCGUCUCAACUAGUGGAGACUCUGAGGACAUGGUGCGAGGGUGAUGAAGAAACACCACCAAAGAUCGCCGAGCCAGGCAUAUCAGCACUUCUCAAUCUCGAGGUUCCUCAACAGGACGGUUCGAUAACAAGCGAGAAUAUCCUCCAGCUUGAGGUGUUAUUCCCUUUGGAAGACGCAGAGGGCGCACUGACCGACCCGCCUCCGCCAAAAGUCAGGGUUCGACAACCUGCCUGGAUGAGCAAAGCAGACGCAGCGCGGUUAACUAGUGACAUUCCCAAGGAGGAUAUCUUCACUAUCAUCGAAGCGGUGAAAGAUUUAGCAGCGGAGUAUCUCGCGUCAAGAAAGGCAUCUGCUCUGGCAAAUGCAAAGAAAAAUAUAGAUGAGGCAAUUGUUCGCGUGUGGUUUUACUUCCCCUCAAUCAGCACACGCUCGAAACGAGACGAUUUAAUCAACCAUGCUCCCGGGUAUGGCUUGACUGGCUUUCUCCUGGCUGGAAAACCAGGAGUCCUUUGUGUUGAGGGCGGUUCCCAGGCGAUAGACGAUUACAUGAAGUUUAUAAAGACGGAGAGUUGGGGAGAUAUUCCCUCCGGCCACAAGAAAGUCAGUGAGCGAUAUCGAGAAUCUGGGCCUGAUAUCAAGAGAGCCUUUCAGGAUAUGCAAGAAAUUACAGAUGACCUUGGCGAAAGACGAGGGGAGAGAGCAAAUCGGAACGACAUGAAGGCACUAGAAGCUUGGCUGAACGAGAAGGGAGUAGGAGAAGCUUUUAGUAAAGUCCUUAUCUAG